AUGCGUCUCCCUCCUCGACGCAUCUUGGCUUCAAAUAAGCGGAAGGAUAAAGAAGACACAACCCGUGAUUCUUCCAAAUCGUUGGUAGCAACAAUGGAGCCAGUGGUCAAACCGGCUACUGCGGUUAUUGGUUACGAUAAAUUUACCGAGCCGGUUGGGUCUAAUAAUCAACUCCUAGCUGGCUACUUGGCCCACGAGUUCCUCUCAAAGGGAACCCUUUUUGGUGAACCCAUGAGGGCAGAUAAUUGUCCCUCGCCCAUCUAUGUCAAGGCAAAGAAGAUUAAACCUAGCAUGGAAAUGGAAAGGGAAACCAAAGCAAUGAGGAGUGAGAGAUAUUUAGAGGUUUCAAAAUUGCUGAAAAUGGAAGGAGCCCACUUGCCUGGUAUCAUUAACCCUACCCAGCUUGCUCAGUUCUUACAAAUGUGA